AUGGCGAUAAGCGCCCGAGCCAACCAGCGGCCACUUCCGCUGACGUGUUUCCUGACACGUGGAUCCAAGAUGGCGGCAUCGGGGGCCAUGGACUGUCUGCGUUUGCUGCUGCUGCUGUUCUCGCUGUUCCAUGGAAUGGGCUCUUUCUACGUCCCAGGUGUCGCGCCUAGGAACUUCCACCGGAAUAGUCCUGUAGAAAUCAAGGCUGUGAAGCUCACGAGUUCACGGACCCAGCUGCCGUAUGAGUACUACUCAUUGCCUUUCUGUCGCCCCCCUGUGAUAACCUACAAGGCUGAGAAUCUGGGGGAGGUCCUGCGGGGGGACCGCAUUGUAAACACACCGUUCCAGGUCUUCAUGAGCAUGGAGAAGAAGUGUGAGAUUCUUUGCAACCAUCUCAAUGAGCCAGUCUCCCUGGAUGUGGAGCAGGCCAAGCUGAUUGCAGAGCGGAUCAGGGAAGACUACUACGUCCACCUCAUUGCUGAUAACCUUCCCGUGGCCACGCGCCUGGAGUUCUACUCCAAUCGGGACGAGGAGGAGAAGAAGAAGGAGAAAGACGUGCAGUUUGAGCAUGGAUACAGGCUGGGCUUCAUGGAUGGAAAUAAGUUCUACCUGCACAACCACCUCUCCUUCAUCCUUUACUACCACAGAGAGGAGGUGGAGGAGAAUCAGGAGCCCACCUACAGGGUUGUGCGCUUUGAAGUGGUUCCCCAGAGCAUUAAGCUGGAAGACCUGAAGGUUGAUGAAAAGGGCCUGUGCACCCUGCCCGAAGCUGCAGGCUCAGCCCCUCAGGAGAUAGAUCCCACCAAGAAGAACCUGCUGCUCUUCACCUACUCUGUCCACUGGGAGGAGAGCGACAUUAAAUGGGCUUCCCGCUGGGACACCUACCUGACCAUGAGCGACGUGCAGAUCCACUGGUUCUCCAUCAUUAACUCGGUUGUGGUUGUCUUCUUCCUCUCUGGCAUUCUGAGCAUGAUCAUCAUCCGCACUCUCAGGAAGGACAUCGCCAACUACAACAAAGAAGAUGAUAUUGAAGACACCAUGGAGGAGUCUGGUUGGAAGCUUGUGCAUGGUGAUGUCUUCAGGCCUCCCCGGUAUCCCAUGAUCCUCAGCUCCCUGCUGGGUUCUGGAAUUCAGCUCUUUUGCAUGAUCCUGAUAGUCAUCUUCGUUGCCAUGCUGGGGAUGCUGUCGCCAUCCAGCCGGGGUGCUCUGAUGACCACGGCCUGCUUUCUCUUCAUGUUCAUGGGGGUUUUCGGGGGGUUCUUUGCUGGCCGUUUGUAUCGGACUCUGAAAGGCCAUCGGUGGAAGAAAGGAGCUUUCUGCACUGCUAUCCUGUACCCUGGCGUGGUCUUUGGGAUCUGCUUCAUCCUGAACUGUUUCAUCUGGGGAAAGCACUCCUCCGGAGCAGUUCCUUUCCCCACCAUGCUGGCCUUGCUCUGCAUGUGGUUUGGCAUCUCCCUGCCCUUGGUCUACCUGGGCUAUUACUUUGGGUUUCGCAAGCAGCCAUACGAUAACCCCGUGCGGACCAAUCAGAUUCCAAGGCAGAUCCCGGAGCAGAGGUGGUACAUGAAGAAGUUUGUUGGGAUUCUGAUGGCUGGCAUUCUGCCCUUCGGAGCCAUGUUCAUUGAACUGUUCUUCAUCUUCAGCGCGAUCUGGGAGAACCAGUUCUAUUACCUCUUUGGCUUUCUCUUCCUCGUCUUUAUCAUCCUCGUGGUGUCCUGCUCCCAGAUCAGCAUUGUCAUGGUGUACUUCCAGCUGUGUGCCGAGGACUAUCGCUGGUGGUGGAGGACCUUCUUGGUAUCAGGAGGAUCUGCCUUCUACGUGCUGAUCUACGCCAUCUUCUACUUCGUGAACAAGCUGGAUAUCGUUGAGUUCAUUCCCUCUUUGCUGUAUUUUGGCUACACAGCCCUCAUGGUCCUGUCCUUCUGGCUCCUCACCGGCACCAUUGGCUUCUAUGCAGCCUACAUGUUUGUCCGCAAGAUCUACGCCGCUGUGAAAAUAGACUGAAGAGGCACAGACUGGGCAGGAAGUAGACACCUCUGUGGGCGUGUCCUCCUGGGCAGGAAGGGGGAGUUUCUCCCAGUUCUUUUAAGGAAAAAAACACAAAAACCCAACGGGAGAGUGACGAGAGAAGUUUUAAAACUCCUCAUUUUGGAAUGUAAUUUCUGGCACAGUGUACAUGGAUUCUGGGGCUACUUCUGGGGGAGAGGGGUCUGUAGAUACUUUGCAUUUUAACUUGAUGAUCUUAUUCCAGUUUGGAGGGAUUUUUUUUUUUUUUAUCUGAGAAAUAUCCCUCUGUGUAAGUCAACCUCCACCCCCUUUUUUGUUAAGUCAUUCCUUUUUUUUAUGUUGAAUAACGAAUGGAUCUGAGACGGCAGUGGCAACACUUGUGCAAACGUUUGCCCUAGCCCCUAGGGCACGUAGGUUCUGGGGGGACCUUCAGACCAGUAAUGCAACCGGCCGGGCCAGGCCUCGUGUCUGCGUGGAAGAUGCGGAGGAGGGUGCUUCCGGCUGUGGCCAGGGAGGGGGAUCUGAAAGGCCUGUCCUGCAUGAGAAUGGCAUGCUCUGGCUACAGCAGUUUCAGCUCCGUCCCUGUUUACAGUCCCACAGAGGUGCCACGCAGAACCUGGCAAGUGCAAUUUCACCUGGAGAGGGCUUGAGAACUGAUGCCCUCCACGUUGCCUCUCCCUCCCCCUCACUUUUGGACGUCACAUGCCACUCUGGGUACGUGAAGCUGGAGAGGCUCGGGAGGGUGGGACAUCUCUCCUGGAAGAGCUGAAUCUGUAGGGGCAACGGGAUGGAGCGGGCUGUGGCGUUACACUGAAAGCAGCACAAGAUUCUGGAGCGCAGGACCCCACACCCUGGAGAACAACAGUGGAAACCUCUGCAUGGCUUUGUUCAGCUAACGACUUCGUUCUGGAUAGAAGGAAAGGAGGCAGCCUUACUCGCUAGGAAACGCCUCUGGUGUUUAAGUAGAACCCGGCAUGGAGAAACUCACUACAGUGUUGGUUUCGUGCCAAGAAAUCUGAGUAUUGGGACAUCCGUGCUGCAGAGGGGUGCAAGCUUUGCGAGAUUGGCCUGGAGCUCCCUGAGACUCCCUCCCACCCCGUUCCUAGAAGAGAGUUCAACUUGCCAGCCACCUGCCUCUUGCCUGUUACCGCUCUCAAUUCCUUGCUCCUGCGCUUGGAAACGUUGCUUCCAGAGAGCGAGGGAACUUCACACCUCAGUACCUUUUGGAUUUCACUUUUCCCAGCGAAAAGGGCCAAGCCCUCUGGAAUAGCCAGGGGGUACUUUACUGCAGGGGGCUGAUUUUUUCCCAUUGCUGAGUGCCUGACUGCCUGUGGGAGGUUCUUUUUAAAUGAGCUUGAAUUUGUAUUUGGGUUAUUUAAAGCAAACUCAGGCUACUGGAAAGCCUAGUUGCAAGUUUCAGGUAAGCCUCCCUCCAUCCCUAGCUCUAAGCUGGCUUCGGUCAGGGUUGUGGAGGUGGCUCAUGACGGCUGUGGGAGUUCUGGCUUUGCCCCCAAGUAUGUGGCUGUCGCAGGUGACACUGAUCUAGUUGAAGUGCAUCCGAGAAGCAACAAAGUCCCUCCCUGUCGCUUGCACUGAGUUGUGGGUGUUUGGGGGAUUUCUGUACCCUGGGUGUCCUAAACGAGUGCUACCAGGGCUGUGUCAGAGGUUCUGAAGGGUUUUUUGUUUUUUUGGUGGUGAUGCCCCCUGGCUCCCCGAGUUGGGAGAAUGGAGAACUAGAAUGCCAAAGCAUUUGUCUCCUCGCGCAUUGAAUCCUCACUCUUACAGCUCCCCGUCAUGCCAAA